AUGGCGACCGACCACCGCGCGUCGCUCCUCCCCUUCGCCGCCGCCUUCCUUGUGCUGCUCCUCGCUGGCGGCGCCGCGGCGGACGACGCCUCCAGCGACGACGACGCGGGGACUUCGCGGACGCCCGGCUGCUCCAACAAGUUCCAGCUGGUUAAGGUGAAGAAUUGGGUGAAUGGGACUGAAGGUACAACUGUUGUUGGCCUAAGUGCAAAAUUUGGAGCUCCCUUGCCAAGAGAUAUUCAUGAAGCAAAAAAAUCAUUUGCUGUCCUCGCAAAUCCAAUUGACUGUUGCUCCAACUUGACAUCAAAGCUAACAAGUUCAGUUGCUAUAGCAACACGUGGGGAAUGCACUUUCACGGAAAAAGCAAAUACUGCUCAGGCUGGUGGUGCGACCGGUUUACUAGUUAUCAAUGAUAAUGAAGAGCUUUACAAGAUGGUUUGCGGUGAGAAUGACACUUCCAUUAACGUGACAAUACCUGUUGUCAUGAUACCACAGUCAGCAGGAAAGAAGUUGAAGAACUUCUUGCAUCAUGGAGCAAGUGUGGAAGUACAGCUAUAUUCACCAAAUCGACCAACUGUGGACCUUUCAGCAUGCUUCUUAUGGAUAAUGGCUGUAGGCACCAUAGUCUGUGCUUCACUCUGGACUGAAUUUGUUACAUGCGAGCAGGUUGAUGAGCGUUAUAAUCAGCUGACCAGAAAGGAUGGACCUGAUAUGGGAACAAACUACAGAGAAGAUAAAGAGAUCUUCGAGAUCAGCGCCAAGGGUGCUAUCGUUUUUAUUAUAGUAGCUUCAGUUUUCCUCCUCCUUUUGUUCUACUUCAUGUCAUCUUGGUUCGUUUGGGUGCUAAUUGUACUAUUCUGCAUUGGUGGUAUUGAGGGUAUGCAUGUUUGCUUGGUCACGCUUCUAGCUAGGAUUUUUAAGGACUGUGGACGAAAGACUGCACAACUCCCUUUUUUGGGAGAGAUCUUGAUCUUAUCUGUUGGAAUUGUACCAUUUUGUAUGGUAUUUGCAAUUCUCUGGGCUGUGUAUCGCCAUGCUUCAUUUGCUUGGAUAGGCCAAGACGUUCUUGGUAUCUGCUUGAUGAUAACUGUGCUUCAGAUGGCACGCUUACCAAAUAUCAAGGUUGCAUCAGCACUUCUUAGUGCUGCAUUUGUGUAUGACAUCUUUUGGGUGUUCAUUUCACCUCUUAUAUUCAAUGAAAGCGUCAUGAUUGCAGUUGCUCGAGGUGAUAACACUGGGGAAUCAAUUCCUAUGCUCCUAAGGAUACCCCGCUUCUUCGAUCCAUGGGGUGGCUAUGAUAUGAUAGGCUUUGGUGACAUUAUCUUCCCUGGAUUGCUUGUUGCAUUCAGCUAUAGAUUUGACAGAGCAACCAGAAAGGGUGUCUUGAAUGGAUAUUUUCUGUGGCUAAUUCUGGGAUAUGCAGUUGGCCUUUUCAUAACGUAUCUUGCGUUGUUCCUGAUGGACGGGCAAGGUCAACCUGCGUUGUUGUACCUUGUGCCAUGUACAUUGGGGGUUAUUGUUAUUCUUGGUUGGUUAAGAGGCGAGCUUCAUGAAUUAUGGAACUACGGAAAAAGUCGAGCAGAAAAUUUGGUCAACGAACCAUGA